AUGAGAACUCUGCUCUCGCCAGUGCUGCAAUCUCUUCGCCGGCGAUCUCCCUCCGUCGUCUCCAUCCUCCGCCGCUCCAUGACGGGCGGAGGAGCUUCGGGAGCCUUGUCUCUUCCGCCUCUCACUCCGGCGACCACUCGCGUCGGAUGGAUCGGCACAGGGGUCAUGGGGCGCUACAUGGCGGGGCAUCUGAUAUCUGCUGGUUACGCCCUCACCGUCUUCAAUCGGACACCCUCCAAGGCCCAGCCCCUCGUGGAGAUGGGGGCGAAGCUCGCCGGCUCGCCGCGGGGCGUGGCGGAGGAGAGCGACGUCGUCUUCCUCAUCGUCGGCUACCCCUCCGAUGUUCGUCGCGUGGUGCUGGAUCAAGAUGAGGGAGUCCUCGGUGGCCUCUCUCCUGGAUCUGUCGUCGUCGACAUGACCACCAGUGAUCCUUCCAUGGCGGAGGAGAUCUACGCCUCCGCGAGGUCUGCGUCGUGCCGCUCUGUGGACGCUCCUGUCUCCGGGGGGGACCGGGGGGCUCGCGACGGGAAGCUCUCGAUCUUCGCCGGCGGGGACGAGUCCACCGUCCAAUGGCUGUCGCCGCUGUUCCGGUGCUUGGGGACGGUGAACUACAUGGGAGGACCUGGUGCUGGCCAGCGGGCCAAGCUAGGGAACCAGAUCGCGAUCGCUUCAACGAUGGUCGGAUUGGUGGAGGGGAUGCUCUUCGCGCACAAGGCGGGGCUGGAUGUGCGUCGGUGGAUGGAAGCGAUAUCAACAGGGGCCGCUGGAUCGAAGUCUCUGACGUUGUAUGGGGAGAGGAUUUUGCAGAGGGACAUGGCGGCGGGAUUCUUCGUUCACCACUUCGUAAAGGAUCUCGGAAUCUGCUUGAAAGAAUGCCAAUCCAUGGGGUUAGCGCUGCCGGGGCUGGCUCUGGCGCAGCAGCUCUACUUGUCGCUGGUGGCCCACGGAGAGGGUAACUUGGGAACACAAGCGCUGAUUCUGGCGAUUGAAAGACUCAACAACACUCAACUCUGA